GCUACAGACACACAGCGCUGAUCUCUUCAUAAUUAAUGAUGCCACAGAAACUAAAACCUGUCACAGAAAACAUAUGUCGAGAAAGACAGGUUCACAUAAACUGUUCCUGGUGUGAAGAACAUGCCUGACGAGAGCUCGCCUGUGUGUCGCAUCAACUUAAAGCCAAUGUCGCAAAACUGAAGGAGACAUCAUCACAAAAAUGUCCAUGGAGGGAGAUCCAGAGGGUUCAGUUGAGGAGCUUUGGGGAUCCACUGUGCUGUGGAAGAAGUGCAUCCAGCAGACCAUCUUUGUCGACCUAAGUGAGGACGAAAGUCUCCAUCUCAGUGACUUGGAGGGUUCGUUAGGUUUGCAUCUAUCCCAGGCUGAGUCUGCUGGCUCAGACGCCAGUGUCCAUCUAAGUGGGAGUGCGGAGUUGUCCGCUUUGGAUGACACCUCCUCAGAGUCCCGUAAUGUAACCAGUCCAAAUGAGAGGGUGCUGGAGAAAAACACCAGUAUAUUGAGUGUGUCUGUCCAAAGACCACACACAAUGCAAAAUGCUCCACUUUCAAAGCGCCGUAAUGAGGACUCAGGGCAAAAUACAAGCGACGAGGAUCAGGACGAUCUACCGUAUGAUGGGGACCUCGGUAGCCUAUACUUCAACCAGACACCGAGCACUGAGGCCAACACAAGCUCAGAUGGAAGAGAAACUCUUCAUGAAAGUCCAGAUGAUGCAGGUCUACUUGAGUUGACUACAAAAGAUAGAGAUGACACCAGUAAACAUUUGGUUUUAGAUGAACACACUGCUGAGGAACCAGCAUCUUUAUCACAAGAGGAUGAUGCUCCCAUGCCAAGUGAUGUUGCAGCACUGUGCUCUCACCCUGCACACAUUCAAAAGUUGCUGCAAAACUUCUCCCAGCUGGAUUUGGUGUUGUCUGGCAGACUCAUCGAGGCGGAGACCCUGCCAGAGGUUUCCCUGCUGGAGAGCAUGGACAGCACCAUUUUGAGCUUGGCUACAACACAUAACAGCACACAUAAUACUAAUGGUAACCACUCAGACAACAUUACUCUAAGUAAAUCUGAGAGUCACUCUGGUGGGACUGAUGACAAGAGUCACGCUGUUUCAGAAAACACAAGUUUACAUGAAGAAACUGAAAGAAACAUGAAUGUCAUCUCAGCUGCUGACAGUGUUGCAUCCAGCAUAGACUCAAACCAGAGCAGCAGAGACAACAGUGUCAUCGAUGUAGUGAAGCAGGAAGAGUCUGACGACCGUGAUCAGCUUCAGAGAAACCCACUCGUGCGCGCCAGGUCCUUCAGUGAAAUUAAAUAUGGCCAAGGCCAAAUCCAUUACCCCCUUCCGGAUUUUUCUAAGGUUGCCCCCAAGGUAAAAAUCCCCAAAGCUCCAAGUGGACCAUCCAGACCUGUUCCUCAGUACCUCAGCACCAUGCACAGAGCCCAGUCAUCCCCUAUGUUAGAUGUGAUCAGCAGAGUCCUGGAGGAUUCAGGCCAACCACCAGAGAAGCCUUAUGUCUUCAGAGAUGAGGAGAAACAAACUCCUCCAGCACUGGUUCAUCAACUGCAGGCUGAAUAUGAUAAAUUAUUAACUAAAUAUGCUGGAGCAGAGAAUCUUAUUGAUCAACUGAGACUGGGAAUCAGUACUCAGCCCUUUUCUGAUCCAAAGCUUUAUUCAGAGCAUGAUGGCGAUCCUCCGAGAAACUUAGCUGAGGGAAGCCAUCUUGGAUCCUUGGCUCCUCAGCGUUCCCCAUCAAAAAACUUUGUGCAAAAGGGAGGAACAAGAAUCCAGAGCGACAUUAAGGGUGAAGCCUUUUCCUGUCUCGGCCAACCUGAGAAGGGUCCCAGUGAAGGAGAACGGAUGACAGCAGAGCUGAGAGACAUCAUCGGCCCAUUCAUUCAGAAGGUGGAGGGGUUCAAAAUGAGUGUCAGCGACAUUUCGAUGAGCACAGAAGAACAGCAAAUGAUGUUGAGGAGCAUGAUGGAGGCUCAGGACCAGCUGGAGAGGAAGUACAUCAGUAAGAAGGAGGAGCACAGAGCAAUGGAAAUGCAGAAUUACAGGGGUUUGUCCAGGAACACGGGCAUAUUUGAUCCAAACAGGCUGAUAGAGGGAGACAUAUUCAGGAUAGGGAUGCACCUGGACGACAUUAAGGAGACAAUAGACAAAAACAUGUGUGAGCUCAUUUCUCCGCCUCGCUCAUCCUCCACUCCCACACCCAUGAAGGAGAGGCUACAUGUGAGCCCUAGUCCUCUUUGUACGCUCAUACCCUCACCUCCACCAUCACUGCAUCAGGGACCACAUGCAGAUUUUUCCACGGUUGUUUAUAAGAUGGAGACAUGCAAAAAGGAGUUAAAAGCGGAUGAAGUGGAACAGGCCAGUGAGGAAGUGGAGCGAAGCCGUGACGCUGUUCUGGACACUGGACAUAAAAGUUGCACUUCAUGGGGCACACGGGAGUCUCUGGAGAGACUGGACAACCAGAGAGCUGAGGCUGAGGAUGGCAACGAAGAGGAGAGCACCACUGUGUUGUCAGAGGGGUCAGUUCAUCAUCGUGACAUCCUAGCGUGUCUGAGUGGAAUCAGCUUAUCCUCAGCGCAGACUCAUGAAAGUCAUAGCGCUGUGGAUCGCGUCCGUGUCGCAGAGGGUAAAUGUGAUCUGGGUGAUUGUGUGAGUCUGACUGUGGAGGUCUCCACUUCCUGUGAGGCACCCAAACCCUCAGACACACACAGCCACACGGAGCCUCCACUCAACACCUCUGGUUCAUCACAGAGGACUGUGAGCCCACAGGCAGACAGUGGAUUUGGGAGCUCUUACUUGACUCAGUCAGCUUCUGGAUCAUUUCAACCCAAUCUGCUCAUUGAAAGGUACAUGAACUACGUAAACGCUGAAGCAGUGACUGAUCCGCGUGACUCGGAAGAACAGCACUAUUUGGGUUUAUCCAAUUCCAGUGCGCAGUCUCAUGAGGAUGGUCUAAGUAGCUCAGAGAGCGAGGGCUGCUCCAAACUGCAGACAACCAUCUAUUCAGCGUCUCUGAACACCCAGCGGUGGGCCAACUCUCACCCAUCUGUCCAAACUCAGUCCUGUGGUCAAGUGGAGCUGUGGGUAGAGAGCACCACCAAGGAGCCUUCACUCGGGCUGCAGGUGGCACAUGUUUCAGGAUCGGACCGAAGCCUGCCUUCUCAGCACAGUCACUACGUCUCUGAACCUGCACUCAGCACUACCAUGAAUUCCCUGGAGAGAGGCAGCCAAGUGUAUUCCUGCUCCUGUAAUAGGUCAGUGUUUCCUCACAGUGAGGCCAUACUGGCCUUGCAGUCAGAAGUGUCCAGGCUGAAGAAGGAGCUGGAGGAGGGCUUAGUCCAGCUGCCUCACCUAGCACAGAAGAUGGAUUAUCUCACCUCCAAAUACAGACAGGAUCGUCAGGAGCGCAGGUCCAAAACGAGACAAAGGACUCACCUAAAACCAUCCCGUCACAGCCCAGCGAGAGUAGAGGACUGGAUUUCUUCAGACAUGGACCCCAGUAAGAGCAAAGGUACGGAGAGUGGUGAUACAGCAGCCUCAGAAGUCAUGUUGCAGUUCCACAACUCACCAGUAGAGAGCAGAAGAGGCCGCAGUUUUCAAUCCGGACAAGGAAAACUGCAGAGCAGCAGAGGCGCAGAAGGAAAUCGCUUAGUGAAAACUCAUGUAAUCACCUGCUCCAGUUUUAAAGGAGAGAAAGGGGGAGCUACUGACAGCGCUGCACCACAGACAGCCAUGAUUGAGAGCUUUUACUCCAAGGAGAGGUGGUCUCCCCUCUCAUCUCCAUCUCUGCAGAAGCCCCUCCUCCAGGUCAACUACUGCUCUUCCAGCAGUCUACCUGCCAGCUAUAAAGUGAGGGAGCCGCUGCUCCAGUCCAUGAGCCGUCACAGGAAACGAUCCACUCAGUCAGACACAGCACUCCUGCCCAGCAAUGUGUACUUCCAGCGGACACUGUCUCCUGUCUCAGUGUCCUCAAAGUCUGUCAACAGGACAGGCAGACGCAGCGGCAGCAAGGAUGAAGACAUGAACAGAAGUCUGGACAAGGCUAUCGAAGUGGCUCGCAGCAUGAAAAGAACCACAGACCGGAUGGCCAAGAAACUGUCAGCGGACCUGGCCAAAGCUGAACUCCACAGGAAGCUGCACUGCACACAGACACUAGAGGGAAGGAAACAAAUUUAAUCUAGGUCAGAUUGUUAAUAUUGUUUUUCAGGGGAAAAAAUCCCCUGUACCUUUACUUGAAAUGUAUAUCAUUUCUUUUAGCUUUUAGCAAAUUUGCUAACUUGACGCCUCUAUUGCUGUCCUGCUGGCCUGUGGGUGCUCGUGGAACAGUGUCCUCUUACUGAGUUUCUGUACGAUGGCUUUGUGACCCUGUUCCUGUCUCCCUCACAGUCUGCUGCUGCCGGGCUGUGCUGAAGUGUUUGUUGUUGGGUAUUUAGUUUCGCUGUUGUUCUUAAGGGGGUAUCGGGAGAGGAGAUGUGACCAAACAACAUUCCUGCACUGUCCCCGCCGAAUGUUCAAAGAGCCGGUGAACCCGCGGAUCCCCACACUGACUCCUGUUUGUCGCUCACGUUUUAAUACUGUACUAAAACUGUAGAGUCACCAUCCACACCACACACCCUCCAUCCUCUCCACUGUACGGCUGUGUGGAGGUUAUGAUCUCAGUGGCUCAUGUUGAAUGCAUGAUAAAAAAACAAAAAAACUAUUUGUGCUAUUGUGUUUCUCAAUAGCACAAAUUAUGAUAUUGAUUACAGUAUCUGGGGAAAAUAUACCUUGUUAAAAACAAUAAGCAAAAUGUUCAGAUAAGUAUAAUUUUGAUCUGUAAAGGUUAUUCUAUGUAACAUUCACAUAGUGUGGUACUAUUUAAAAGCUCUCUGUAUUGUAAUUCUGUACCUGCUCCUGCUGCAUGUAUGGUUUUAAUUAACUGAGCAUAUGUAUUGUUUUCAAGGCCUAAAUUCUGCUAUUCUGAAGAUAACGGUGUAAAGCCACAGUGUGCUACUGUUGCUGAUGUUAAUAUGUUGACUCUGUUCUUGGUGAGCAGAAACAAUAUUGGACGAAAUACUAACUUGUUGUAACGUUUUUCACAUUUUUGAACGUCAUACCAUUCACAUGCUGCAUCCUUCAUUUGAAAAUGUGCUUUGUCAAGCAAUAUUAUCAGAUCUGAGAGAGGGAGUUUUUUUGUGUAUACAGCAGCAGUGCAGGAGCAGGCAGGAGGCAUUUAUCCUGUCAAACUGCUGAACCACAUCAAUUGGUGCACAGUGGAGUUCACUUUUGAAACUAUAUGUAGACGCUUCUUUGUGUUUUGAGUCAUACUGUAACCCGUGUGCAGCCGUCUCUCUUUAUCCAUCCAUCUUGCCAUGAAGUGAACCACUUCCUGUGGGCACCAUGGAUAUGUUGCCAGUGCUAUUCUGAGAAACACAGAGAAAGAGCACCACUGUUUUAAAUUUAACUUGACUUAAGUCAAACAGAGAGGCACAGAAAAUGCUGCUUGUCACAGACACUGAUACCUAUAUUUAAGCUGGAGGGUGCUUUGCUCUUUGUAUUUUUCCAUGAGGUUUUUUAUUUGGUUGUUGUUUCUCUACAUUGAGAGGUCUUGCCUGCUAUAAAAGGGAUGACCCAUUUUAUGCAAAGUGGACCUCGGGAAAACGGCAUUCCCUUAGUGCAGAAGCUGUCUCCUCCUUUGUGAUUAAUGAGUCUGAGUUCUGAUGUCUGAUGUUUGUCUGUGUCUGUGUGUAUGUGAGCGAGAGAGAAAAACUGUUUGGAGAAACUGAAUGAUUUGAAGGUCUGCUCAUGCUACUGUAAUAUGAAAUAAGAUUUAUACAUUGAGAAGAAAAUAAAUCAUAUGGUGAUCACUGUUAACCGUGUCCAUGGCUACAAAUAAAUUAACAUGG